GAUUGGGAAAAACCUUCUGAUGCCGACCAGGACGCCGCUGACACGAAUGAUGGUGGGGAUGACUCUCAGGCACCGGAAAAUUCGUCAUCAGUUCCAGCGCCCCGGCCCCCAACAACUGAACAAAGCCAGCCACAGGAACCCGGCAAGCCAUCGGCGGCGCAAGAUGAGGAAACACUGCCUUCAUCAAAUGAAGAAGACGAAGUCAAUGAUGAUAAAGUCGACGGUGGUGUUGGGCUGCCUCCUGAAGGUGGCGUCUCUGAAAGAGUGGUUGGUGAAAAGGAGGAGGAGGAAGCAGAGGUGGAGGAGGAGGAAGAAGGGCCGCGUGGUGGCGCUGAAUUGGGGCCUCCGCCGCCUUCAUCGUCGAAGGUGAGCGCUGAUGCUGAUGGACACGGCGACGGUAAGGCGGAUGCCGCUGAAAACGUCCCUUCGCAGCACGAGCCCGACGGGAACCAUGUGCAGCAAAGCAGUCAGCCUCAGGUUGAAGACGAAGACGUGCCGUCAAAUGAACCCGAAGACGGCAGUGAGAAGCAAACACUCGAUCUCGAAGCGGAGACCACUGCUUCAGGUGCGGCGGUGGCCCCAGGCGGCAGCCCUGCUGCAAACAAUGACGCCGGGGAUAACCCUCCGGUGCCUGCGGGGGCACCACAACCACCGCCGCCGUCGAGUGGUGAGAAGGAGGGAGAAGCUGCGAAGGAGCAAACAAACGAUAACGCAGCAGGUGCCGCUCUACCAGGCGCUGGCGCCGCAGCAAGCGGAGCUGCAAACCCCAGUGAGAAGCACACGCCUGGCCCCGAAGCGGAGGCCGCUGCACCUGAAGCGGCGGUGGCCCCAGGCGGCAGCUCUGCUGCAAACAAUGACGCCGGGCAGGCUCCCGCGAAGGACACAAGCGACAUUUCUCCGCCUGGCGCAGCUGAGGUGUCGAAUGGAGACAAUAAGAAGGCGUCGCAGGGAGCCGACAACGCCCCGGCUAAUAAAACUGCUCCACCCGAACCUCAGGCGAUUCCCCCGACACGCAACGCGGCACCGCUUUCUGGCAACGUCUCCGCUACCUUCAGGAACAUUACUGGCGUGAGGCUCGAUGAAGAGAGCAGCGACAACGCCGUGGGUGGGUGUUUGCCUCAUGUGGUGCUGCUGGCCCUGCUGGGGCUGUGGGGCAUUGCCGCCCUCUCCGCUGCGUAA